CACAGCGCGGGCCGGGGCGCAGGUACCAGCGGAGCGGGGAGAGCGGCCGGGCCGGCGCGGCCAUGGGGAAGGUGCAGCUCUUCGAGAUCCGCCUGGGCGACAGCCGCGUCGUCUACAGCCCCGGCGAGCCGCUGGCCGGCACCGUCACCGUGCGGCUCUCGGGCUCGCUGCAGUACCGAGCCAUCAAGGUGAGCUGCAUUGGAUCCUGUGGGGUGUCCAACAAGAUCAAUGACACAGCAUGGACUGUGGAGGAGCAGUAUUUCAACAGCACGCUGUCCCUGGCAGAUAAAGGGGUCCUGACAGCUGGAGAGCACAACUUUCCCUUCCAGUUCCUGCUGCCAGCAUCUGCUCCUACAUCAUUUGAAGGCCCUUUUGGCAAGGUCCUGCAUCAGGUGAAAGCUGUGAUAGACACACCUCGCUUCUCCAAGGACUACAAAUGCAACAAGAUCUUCUAUGUUCUCUGCCCUCUCAACCUGAAUGACAUCCCUGACAUCGAGCAGCCCAACACCAUGUCCAUCACCAAGAAGUUCAACUACAAGCUUGUGAAAAGUGGCAACAUCAUCCUGACAGCCACGUCUGAUCUGAAGGGCUACAUCGUGGGCCAGGCCAUCCAGCUCCGCACAGACAUAGAGAACAAGUCCGGCCGCGACACCGGCGCUGUGGUGGCCAGUCUGCUCCAGAAAGUGGCCUAUAAAUCCAAGCGCUGGAUUUACGACCUGAGGACCAUCGCUGAGGUGGAAGGCUCAGGGGUGAAAGCCUGGAAACAUGCAGAAUGGAAGGAGCAGAUCCUGGUUCCAGCACUGCCCCAAUCCAUUCUGCAGGGCUGCAGCCUCAUCCACAUCGACUACUACAUCCAGGUUUCCCUCAAGUCUCCAGAGGUUUCUGUCACUCUCCCUAUCUACAUUGGAAACAUUGCUGUGAACAGGGUCCCGCUCAGCCCGUCCCGCUCCAUCCAGCACAUCCCAUCUGUGGUGGUCCCCAGUGCUCCCCCAGAGGAAGAGGAGGCUGCCAGUGGCUAUCACCCCAUGGACAAUGUCUCCAUCCCCACCAAAAGCCAUUCCCAGCAGCAGCCCUUUAGCUACGCCCCAGGACUGAGCUUCCAGGAGAUCCGGGCAGACUCGGAGCAGACGGGGUCCCCAAACCACCCCACACUCUGCCUGUCCACGGGAGCCACUGUCCCCUACUAUGCUGAGGGGAACGUGGUGCCUGUCCCCACAGCCAGCUCACUCAUCCUGCCCCCGGAGUACAGCACGUGGGGAUAUCCCUACGAGGCACCUCCAUCCUACGAGCAGAGCUGCAGCAGUGCCAACUCCAGCAUCAGCAAUGGCAAUUAGCCCUCCCCUGCUCCGAGCCCGCCGGCGCUGCCCACCCUGGCACCACGGGGCACCCGCCUGUGGCAAAGUCUGGUACAGCACAAGGCAUCUCUUGUCUCUCUGGCUGCUUUGAGGGGGGAACUGCCACAUCCCAGCCUGGGCUUUUUAUGUCUCUUUCUAGGGAGGGAGUGGAAAACCAAAAAGGGCAGCCAGAGCAGCCUGCAUGCCUGUAGGAGAGGUCUGGGAAACUGAACUGUCUCCUGCUGCUGGAGAGCUGGAUGUGCCCCUGGGAUGCCCUGGGCAGCAGCCUGUUCAGUACUGUAGUCAACACUAACUGCUUUACUAUCAAAGCACCUGUGAUGCCUUAUCUGAAAUGCUCCUCUCUUGGCACGGCUCCACUCUGGGGGAAGGCUGGGCUGUGUGGACUUUCUCUCCUCUUUAGGGGCCGUGUGCUCUCACAAAUGGUUUGACAGCCUUUCCUCCUUGUCCUCAGAGGUCCUAAGGGUAGCAGGAGGUUUCUUGGAGUAAGCAGGUUUGGAAGGACUUUUAAAAAGCCAAAAGCACAAGGCCUUGCUGUACCUGAGCUGUGGGGGGAGUGACUGGCAGUGUGAGUGGCCAUGGGCACAGGCGGGGCUGAUGAGCCCUGGUGAGCUCUGGGGAAGAUCCAUGGGGUGCCCUGUUCCAGCAGGGGUGGCUUUUCCCCACCCUUGCUCAUUGCUGAGCCCUGGCACACAGGAUGACAGCACUGGUCACUCUGCCAGCAGGGGGACCACACUCCAUGGCCCAUUUCCUGCCCCCACUGGGUGCCCUCUCCUCCCAGGCUGGAGUUCCAUGACCAUCAAUCACUAAAGUCUGUCUGAUGCUACCUCUGAGUGUGCCCAGGGGCCCUGCCUGUGGGAUCCCUUCCCUCUGGGCCCACCCUCCGUGGGGCUCUCCUGGGAGUGGCCAUCCCUGCCAGGCAGCCCACAGGGGUGCUGGGCUGGGGCCUGUUGUGCCACUGGUUUGCUGUGUGUCCCCUGAGCCUGAGCAGAGUGUGACAGUGGACACAAACCGUGUGGGAGCUGCUGUGCUCGUCUGCAGUCUCUGGGGAACAAGCUGAGUUUUCUUGCAAUUUUUCUUUUGUGCUUUUUCUCCCUCACACACCUUGUUUAGCUUGUUUAGCAUUGACUGCCCAAGCUGAGGAAACCACAAGCCACAGGUGCCCAGCCAGGCUGGAGUUGUGACCUCCAGACCUUUGGCACCUCAGAGCUGGUCCCCACACAGCCCCAGGCUGGGCAGGCAAUACCUGACAGACCUUUAGGAGCAUUUCCAGCUGCUGCCUCCUUGCUCAGCCACCUCUGCACAACCCUCAGGCAGCUGGGACAGGCCCUGCUUUGCACUCUUUCUUUGCAAAUGGUUUUUUAUUUUAUUGUUUUUUUAAGCAUUGAACUGCUUUAAGGGUAGCGUAGCGAAGGUGCCGUUCUGAGCAGUGCUGGCACAACAUGCACCGAUGCUGAUAGAGUGAUUGUCAUUGUCCCUGGAUAUAUAUAAAUAUAUAUAUAUAUGAGAUGAAGUUGUUUUUAAUGAUUGAAUUCAGAAAUACAAAUUUUAAUGCUGUAUUUAAUAAAUUAUUCUAUGAGAAAUGCUGUGCUUUUUCAUCCAUUUCUGAUGCUGAUCCAUGUGCCUGUUCAUGCCAAAUCCAGGAAUGCACCUUGCUGAUUUCUUACAAAAUGAACUGAGGUUUUGUUGCUCUCACCAGGAAGGGUGGUGAACUCUGCCAAGGCAGCUUGGAGAAAACAAACAUGAUGUGGCCUGACCACAGUGCCAGGCUCAUAAUUCCACAUGGCUGGAGGGAAUUUGGCACCACAUGGGCUUGGCUCUGGAGAGAGCAGCCACUGCACUGCUGCUUCCCAGCCAGGAUUUGUCCAAGUGGCCCAGGAGUCCUGGGCAGUGCUCACUGCUGGCAGGGAUGGGCUGGUGGGGAGGAAGGGGAGAGCAGACUGCCUUUAGGAGGAUGGAGAUGGGUUAGGGUUGGCUGGAAGGGCUGCAGAUCACCAGCCCCAGCCCUCUCCAAAAGAGGCAUCUGGAAUAAACUUAUUAAAAGUGGAAGAAGGCUCCUCCCCACUCCCCCGCUUUGGUGAUGAAGCAUGCAGGUGUUGUCUAAAUGUGGCCACUGCAGGUAGCCUGGGGUGUGAUCUGUGUCUUGGACACAAAGAUCCUUCUUCAUUCUCUUCUCUGCUUAUGCUUCUUCCCAGCUUCCAUGAUCCAGACUCUUCUUUGUUGGGUGGUCUGGCCUGCCAUGAGCAGCAUUCUUCAUCCACAAUGGUUCAAAGGCAGGUACAGCUCUUCCCCAGUGCUCUUCCUCUUCCUCCCACUUGGCUGAACCUGUCCUGCCUGUCCUGUCUGCAGCUCCCAUGGCCUUCCUUGCUGUUGGCUGUACAUAUCCUUGAACCCAAAUCCCUUCCAAACCUCUGGAAAAAUUCCUGUGAGGUGCUAAUGCCUCUGGGCUGCAGGCUUCUGACCAGCCAGGCUCUGGGAGAGGCAGACAGGGCUGGGACUAGGACUGGUCUCCCAGCUCCUUCUCCAUCCCUGGGGCUGAGCUGCUGCUGGUCUGUCCAGCCCAUGUUCCUUGGCUGGAAAAUGGGAUUGCUCUUUGGUUGGCCAGAGCCACUGGGCUGUUUUUCCAGACUCCCAGGCACCAUCUGACCUCCUUGUUCCACCUUUGUUUUGGGAAUGCCCCACCUUUGUUUUGGGAAUGUCCCGUCCAUGGUGGAUGCUGUGGAGGAGGGAGCCCUCACCCAGCCCUUGCUGUGCCCUGAGUCUCUGCAGUGCUCCCGCACACCUCAGCUUGCUCUCCCAAAUUAUAUUUGCUACAAACUGAUCCUUGGGACCUCCUGCUGUACACAGAGUCCCCUUUGCAAAGCAAGGAGCAAACGGGAGCACUCUUGGUGAGGAGUGUCCAUCACCACCGGCUGCUGUGGAGGGAGCAGGAAGGAGCUGGCGCUGCAGCUCAGCGUGGUUUUCACCCUUUUGGAUGCAGUGCAGGUGGCACUGGCCAGGGAGCAGCAGCCAUCACCCCAGGGCUGUCUCUGAGCAGCCUGGUUGUGUGAGAGAAUUGACAUCACAAGUGACAAUCAGUGUUUUCCAGCCCUCCUGCCCCGCCCUGCCUGUCCCAGGGUAUGCAGGAAGGGAAGCCUGACACAAAGAGCCGUGCUGAUGUUUUAUGGAGCCCUUUGAAGUGAGCCAGAAGUGCAGGAUGGAGGGGUUAGUCCAGUUCUCCGUGAAUCCUGCUGCAGGGGUGGCCCCAGGGCACUGUCAGCAGGACCUUGGGAAGGGCUUUGGAUGAACACAUUGGGGCAAACUCAGUGUUGGGUUUAGGGAUGAGUUUGUCCACUCAUCCUCUCCAGAGAGGAUCAGUCCCUCUGUCCUGUGUCCAUAGCCUCUCUGGCUUCCACCUCUUGAAGUCUUGGGGAGCUCCUUUAGGACCUUGGUCAUCCCUCCCUUCUCUUGCUGAGCACUGAAAUAAAGAGGAAAAAAACCCAUUUAUCCAGUCACAGCUCUGGGUAAAAAACUUCAGCACACAGGGAUUCAUUCAAAUUCCUGGCUUAGAUUUUUGAAGCAAUUGUUCUUGAAUUUGAAGUGGGGAGGGGGAGCAGUGGGGCAUGAGAGAAGCUUGUGAGUUAAUUGUUUCCAAACUCAGUGUUCAAUGGAAAACACCAAAAAUAUCAUCAGUUCUUUCUUUUUUUUUCUUUUUUUUUUUUUCUCUUCUCUUGCUGCUUUUAUGUCCUUCAUGGUUUUGUUCUUGUCCUGCUCUCCACAUGUUCCACCUCUGUAUCUUUGGCUUUUUCAGUGUUGUUUGUGUCCUAAACUAAACUCUGCUUUGGCAUCUGCUGUCCCACUGCCUGCAGGAGAUGGGAAAAGGGGAGUCAGGGGAUGCAAAGGUUCUUCUUUCUUUUGGAAAAUGAUUCUGUUUUAGCUUUCCACUGAACUUCCAGAAGUUUUGUAAAAAUAAAUAUUUUCUACUAGGAUGUUUUCUUCUUGAGCCAGCGCAAGACAGGAGAUACAGGGUGUUCUAGGCUCCAUUUGGAUUUUAUUCUAUAUUUUAAAAUAUUUCCAACUGUCUGCAACAGGAAUGUCCCAUCCCUCCUCCUCAAGAGAGACUGGUGGGGUAAAACCCUCAAAACUUGUGCCCUUUCUUGUACCACUACUUGUGGCUGUAAUUCUUUAUUCCUGUGGUUCUCUUUACAGAUUUUGGGGUUUUAUACAACAAUUUGUGACGGCUCUGUACAACCUAAGACUUCUGUGCAAUUUAUAACUGGGUUUUGAAAUGUAAACUCACAGUUUUCCAUGUUUACCACAGCUUCUGGGGAGUAUUUUUGUUUUAACCCCCCAAAUGUAAAGAACUGGAAAAAUGUAAAUAAAGAUGAUCUUUUUUAAGACCA